AUGAACUCCUGCGGGCGAGAGGGGCGUCCUGACAUGUACGGUCUGGGCAUCCGCCUCGGAAUCUAUUUCCAGUGGUUUGGCGAAAUUAUCGUCGAGUUCUUUGACGACACAGACGUCUCGGAUAUACGACUACUAGGCCUCCUUCUCUCUGGCGCCGUUGUUCUGGCGCUGCUUGUCGAGAUUGUGAACCACAAUGUUCAGGCAGCCGACAUUUACAUCAUGCUCCAACUUGCUGGUGGCUCAUACAUCUUUCUCAUACCUAUAUAUAUCUGGAAGACGCUCACAUGUUGUGACCGCAAAUGGGAUCCGUUGAAGUGGACGAGGGAAAUCCAUGUGCCGGUUUAUGGCGUCUCGACCAUGAUAGUCAUGGUCAUCAUUUCAUCUCUUCAACUCUGGUUCUUUAGCACUUACAUGCCGACCAGAGGGCACCAAUGCGAAUAUUACGGCUUCUUCUUCACAAAGGUCAAACUCGACAACGUCGGAUUCAUUGUGGUCAAUAUCAUCUUGCACAUCAUUGUUAUUCUCGUUUGCGUUGGAAUCGUCCUGUCGUAUACGGGGUUUUGGAAAACACAGUUUCGAAUACGCAGACAUCGACGUCGAAAGAAGCAUCGUACAAGACAGCCAGAACAAGAUAACCAAGAGCGCAUUGCCAGACGGGAGCGUGCCAGACAGGAACAAAAAGAUCUCUUGCGCACCAUGCGGAGCAUAUCCAACCUGGUUGUGUACGGACUUCACAUCACUGCCAUUGAACUGACGAUCAAAUGGAACCAGUUUGACAAUGUCGACGGGGUCAACACCAGCGGACAGACAAUUCCGCUGCUGGUUAGCCUCGGUAUCCUGAUUCGCCUCAUUGUAUCUCACUAUGCAGUCCAGGGCGACGGCACAUCGACAAGUGUUGGGUCUCGUCCUCGACCUGGGGGCUCCGGCGGAAGUCGAGGAUCGAAUCGCCAGACUCAAAAUGAAGCUCAAGACGCGACUCCUCAGAUGGGAGAUUUAGAUGAAUUCAUAGCUGGAAUUACACUGGACAACGUGAGCGAGUAUUUCGCCCACGGUUCUGAGGCUUACUGGUAUGCUAGGACGGCGAUCCAGAGGCGCGAGGCUGAGGAAGAAGCAGCGGCGAGGGCAAGAUUGGCUGCAAGGGGAGUGUUUCCUCGGCCAGCGCGGAUUUACUCGAGAGGCGUGGAGAUUGUGCAGGAGGUGUAA